UUCGCUCUGAAUAAGUUGAAAGAGAAGGCAAACGACAUGACCGGCGCUUAUAUUCUCAGAGAAAGUGUCUCGAAAUACGAUGAAUACAAACUCGAUAUAUUCAUUAAACACGAAUUGUUUGAAACAUUUAAACUGAAAGUGAUUAACAAUCAAAUCGUUGUCGACGCCUAUAGCAAGCAUUUUGAGUCAUUUGUAGAUCUCAUCAAAAAGUUUUCAUUCAAUUACGGCGAGGACACAGAGAUUAGUCUCAGUCAUUGCAUAACUCCCAGUGAACACGACCUGCCAUUGAAUUUACUGUUGUGUCGAUUGGCCACCAAAGAGAACUCUUCCCGAAAAGAUGGCGACCCAUUGGGUCCGCCAGUCAUCGCAAGUCAUUUACUAAAGCUAUCAAACACUACAUUAACCAAUAAUUCUCGAUAUGGCGUCCGUUUAGCUAAUCUCCAGAAUAAGCAGUUUAUUGUUAAAGAAGUCAAGAGUGUUGACAUGACUCAAGAAUUCCUCAAAACAGUGUCCCAAUGGACACACCUUCGCAACGACUCUAUAGUGAUUUGUCGCGGAAUUACUCUCUACUCUCCCCUCUCUAUAAUAUUGGAAUACUUGCCGAUCGGACCUUUGGAUGCAUUUUUGAAUACAAACCGACAAAACCUGAAAUUAGUUGAUUUGGUUGAAAGCAUUUCCUACUUAUCGCGCGCCCUUUGGUUUCUAUACGAGAAUAGCAUAGUUCACGGACACAUCAGAUGCCAUAAUCUACUAGUGUCUGAAUAUUCUUCAAAUUGUCUUAAAGUAAAACUAAGUGAUCCCAUCAGUGAUAAUGAUAUCAAUACGGAGAGAGUAUGGCUUCCGCCCGAAUACCUCACUACUAAUGAGUGGACGUAUUCUUUCAAACGUCUCACCCAUUCGGUCGAUGUCUGGGCUUUUGGGACAACUGUUUGGCAAAUAUUCAGUUACGGCGCUCGACCCAACUCUGAUGAUGUGUUUGAACUUCACCAACCGAGCGACUGUCCCAAUGAGAUCUGGACACUAAUCGGCGAGUGUUGGACUAUUGACUGCGAGGCCCGCAAACAACCGCACAGUAUAUACCGAGAUAUCAGUCAAAUUCUGUACGAAGUGUUUAAUUCUCAACGAAAUGAUUAUUACUCUAAACCUGUAUUUGAAGACCAAAAGCCAAGCAAAAGCACUUCAACUCUAUUCAAGAAUUGGUCUAAAUAUAAGCCAAACUCAUUCUUUGGCUCCACUUUCUCGUUGUCUUCUAGUUCUGUAGUCAGCCAACAGUCUGUCUCUACUUAUCUGUCAAACAUUCGAACUUUCUCGUUGUCUUCGAGUUCUGUAGUCAGCCAACAGUCUGUCUCUACUUAUCUGUCAAACAGUAUUAAAGGCAAUGAAACGACAAUUGGGUCCGAGAUUUGUCUCAUGUCUGACCACGAGUUCGACGGAUGCAAUGGUCAGGCGAAUGAGCCCUGGCUUAUAGACUUACAGCAACUGAAACUCGGGAAAGUGAUCGGAAUGGGGUGUUAUGGGGAGGUCCUGAAGGCCACACUUACACACUGUGCCGGACUCAAGGAGGAAGUGGUGGCCGUAAAGCGCAUUAAAGCCGUUCCUUCCGACAGUCAAUUACGAGAUAUGAAGCGUGAGAUUGAAAUCAUGAAGAAAUUGAGUCAUAAGAAUAUCGUCGAAAUUAAAGGAUUUGUUGAGGACUUAACGGAUGCACAGACAAUGUUAGUCAUGGAGUACGUAGAGUUGGGCUCAUUAGUGGCUUAUUUGCGUGGAAACCGGUCCAAUAAAACGGUUAUACCUUUAGUCAAGUUUGCGAUUGACAUAAACCUUGGGAUGGAGUACUUGGAGAGCAAGUCUAUAGUGCACAGGGAUCUGGCGGCCCGUAAUAUUCUAGUUGGCUCUGAGACUCAGGUCAAGAUCUCUGACUUCGGUUUAGCCCAAUUCAUUGAUCCCAAUAACCAAUACUAUGUCUUCAAAACAAACCGCGAGUUACCUCUUCGGUGGUACGCACCGGAAUCACUGAAGUAUUUUCGCUUUUCGCACAAAUCUGACAUCUGGAGUUUCGGAAUUGUAUUGUGGGAGAUGUAUAGUUAUGGAGAACAUCCGCAAUAUGUAGAUCAAGACAAACAGAAUAUUUGUGAUGGUGACCUCUUACAGGCCUUGGAAAAGGGAAUCCGUCUCUCACUUCCAGAGCUCUUUAAAACAAGAUCUUUAUUGUCCACUACUGAGGAAGUAGUCAUCAACUCGACGGCUGUACCAGAAUCGACAGCAAAACCACCGCAAUCGGAUCCCAAGUUUCCAACCGAUCUAUUCACUAAAGAUCAGCGCAAGAAUGGAGCCGUAGUUUUCCAUAUCGCAGGCCUUAUCUACAUGUUUGUCGCUCUGGCCAUCGUUUGCGACGAGUUCUUCAUACCAGCGCUCGAUGUCAUCACCGAGAAGUUGGAUAUCAGUGAAGACGUGGCCGGCGCUACCUUUAUGGCUGCGGGAGGUUCGGCACCAGAGUUGUUUACAUCAGUGAUCGGUGUAUUCAUAAGUUUCGAUGACGUGGGCAUCGGGACGAUCGUGGGAUCCGCUGUCUUCAACAUCCUGUUUGUCAUAUCGAUGUGUGCCAUCUUCUCGAAGAGUGUUCUGGUGCUCACGUGGUGGCCCCUCUUCAGGGAUGUCUCCUUUUAUUCCGCUAUUUUAAUCUCUUUAGUGCUUUGUUUUAAAGACUCGCAAAUAUUUUGGUAUGAGGCGUUGAUUCUGUUGCUGUGGUACGCGGCGUACGUCACGUUCAUGAAGUACAACGAAGUGGUCGAGAAGUUUGUCAAGAAGUUUGUAACGAAUCGAUCAAAAGUUGACAAAAUAACGACCGGAAAAGCGGAAACUCCUCCACCAAUGAUGGGCCGCAAAAUGUCGACUCCUAUACUUCACGGCGGCUCUAAGUUUCGUCAGGGAGUACUACAACUGAUGAUCCAUUCAAUUGAUCCCUUGCACGAAGAGACCAUUACUUCAGCGAUGAGCACUCGAAUCGAUCCGGAGAAGCACCGAUGCGUUCAUCCUCCCGGCGCCACAACCUGCACACUAUGUAGUGAUGAGACGAACGGUCAUAAUCCUAAUGGAAACUCCGUUUUCCAUACGGCGAAGAUGGCCGUCCAGGCCCAUGACAGUGAUCAUCAAAUGGCAAAAUCAUAUAACGGUUCACUGGGCGCACAAAAUACUCAGGAGACCGAUGAACCGGAUGAGCCGCUGGACAUGUCUUGGCCCAAACAAGAAAAGAGGAAAUGGUUUUACUUCUCAUUCAUUGGUUCGAUACUAUGGAUCGCAAUAUAUUCCUAUUUGAUGGUGUGGUGGGCCACUCUGGUAGGCAUGACGUUCAAUAUGCCCAACGAGAUCAUGGGACUCACUUUCUUGGCGGCCGGCACUUCGAUACCAGACCUCAUCACUUCAGUAUUGGUGGCGCGCAAAGGGUUCGGAGAUAUGGCGGUCUCCAGCUCUGUCGGCAGCAAUAUAUUUGACGUCACAGUGGGGUAA